GGGGGGGGGGAUAAGCUGAAAAAAAUAAAAUAACCAUUCACUUCAUAAUCCUUCCAUUGCUGUAUAUUCACUUAUCACUGCACUUACAUUGACUACAUAUAAUUUAACACAAAGAAGCAAAAUCUCUAAGCUUCUCCCUACCUUGGGUUUUUAAUCGAAAUGAAUGCAAACUAUCACGUGGGAUUCAGCCAAGCAGUGACGUUAAAUUCUGCUCUGUCAGAGAGAGCAUCUGUCAAGCCCACAUUUAAACUGCUGCCUGCCUGUGCAGCAGCUGAGGAACCGUGGAUUUCCUAUUACAGACUAAAACCCCAGUGAAACUGCUCAAAAUCCUUCCCGCAGCUGCCAGGCAACGACGAGAGAGUUAAAUCCUGCUCUUUUCCAAUACAAUCGAAGCACUCCAUUCUAGCUCUGGCUGCUUUACAUCGCAGCUCAGGGUUCUUACUAGAAAUAUGGAUACUGAAAAGAGAAUAGAGCACUGCAUUGUCCGGCCAGGAAGACAGCAGAUGUAAAAAGCUUCAAUGCAUCAACUGUGGGGAAGAGUCGACAGUGCUCCAAACAGAAAGAACCACCACAGCUCUUUUGUUUAAAGAAAGAGAAAAUGAAAGAAAGCAAAAACCUCAGAAGAUUAGCACCCAUAUGAACAAGGAAGGGAACUCGAAGACAAGCAGACAGAUGGACACUCUGGACACUGUGAAAAGCAAUCGCAGGAGGCAGACUGUUGGGGGAGGUGUGCGUAUUCGACAGCAUCUUUUUGCUGGAGCGAUGGCGUGCCAAAAGUAUCUUCAGUGGGCAUAAUCCUCGCCACAUAAAUGGCCUGACCAAGGAAGAAUGACUGCGAGGGAGACGACGUGACCGAAUUAGAAGAUGACUACCAAAGAACAGUAUUGAUUCAGGAGAAGGACACGUUCCCCAGCCACCAGUAUCUCUCAUCCAUUACUGGAUAUUUACAACAUGCUUCAGUGGAGGAGGAGACACUGCUGCUUUGCAAAGAUGAGCUGGAAUGCCAAGAGGUCUCUGUUUCGGACCCAUCUUAUUGGUGUACUUUCUCUCGUGUUUCUUUUUGCUAUGUUUUUGUUUUUCAAUCAUCACGACUGGCUGCCAGGCAGAGCUGGAUUCAAAGAAAACCCUGUGACAUACACUUUCCGUGGAUUUCGUUCUACAAAAAGUGAGACGAACCACAGCUCUCUUCGGAACAUUUGGAAAGAAACUGUCCCUCAGACCCUGAGGCCUCAAACAGCAACUGACCCCAACAACACGGAUCUGUCACUGCAAGGAGUCACAGGGCUGGAGAACACGCUCGGUGCCAACGGAAGCAUUUACAAUGAGAAAGGUACUGGACAUCCAAAUGCUUACCAUUUCAAAUACAUUAUCAAUGAACCUGAAAAGUGCCAGGAGAAAAGCCCCUUUUUAAUACUACUAAUCGCUGCGGAACCUGGACAAAUAGAAGCUAGACGAGCUAUUCGGCAAACUUGGGGCAAUGAGAGUCUAGCACCUGGUAUUCAAAUCACACGGAUUUUUCUUUUAGGCGUAAGUAUUAAGUCAAGUGGCUACCUUCAACGUGCAAUAUUGGAAGAAAGCAGACAGUACCAUGAUAUUAUCCAACAGGAAUACUUAGAUACAUACUAUAAUCUGACCAUUAAAACACUCAUGGGCAUGAACUGGGUUGCAACAUACUGUCCGCGUAUUCCUUACGUAAUGAAAACUGACAGUGACAUGUUUGUCAAUACUGAGUAUUUAAUACAUAAGUUAUUGAAGCCAGACCUGCCUCCUAGACAUAACUAUUUUACUGGUUACCUAAUGAGGGGAUAUGCACCCAAUCGAAACAAAGACAGCAAGUGGUACAUGCCACCAGACCUCUACCCUAGUGAACGCUACCCUGUCUUCUGCUCCGGGACUGGUUAUGUUUUUUCUGGAGAUCUGGCAGAGAAGAUAUUUAAAGUUUCUUUAAGUAUCCGUCGUUUGCACUUGGAAGAUGUAUAUGUGGGGAUCUGUCUUGCCAAGUUGAGAAUUGAUCCUGUGCCCCCUCCCAAUGAGUUUGUGUUCAAUCACUGGCGAGUUUCUUAUUCAAGCUGUAAAUAUAGCCACCUAAUUACCUCUCAUCAGUUCCAGCCUAGUGAACUGAUAAAAUACUGGAACCAUUUACAACAAAAUAAGCACAACGCUUGUGCCAAUGCAGCAAAAGAAAAGGCAGGCAGGUAUCGCCACCGCAAACUACAUUAGAAAAGACAACUUUUUUUCUUCCCCCAAAACAUGCAACCUGUAAAAUAUUGCUAAAAGCAUGUGUAGUUAAAAUGAUUAUGAUUACAUGCAUAGGAACAAGUUUUAGUUAAAACUCAUCACAUAAAUGAAUCCAAAAAUAUAUUUUUUAAUUUCUGAAGAAGGUAAUUCUUAAAAAUACAUUAUAUAACAAAAAAGUAUCCCAAAACAACCUAUUAAAAAAUCUACUUAAAAAAUCCACAUGGGGGAUUCUGUGUAUUAACACGCAAUAACAGGCAUGCAUACAUCAAUGGUUCGAAUCUUAUGUUAGGGGCCAAGAGGAUGUAUCUGCAUGUUUUCCAAGUAAAUUUUAAUUUAAGAAAUGGAGAUGGUCAAAAGACUCUUCAUUUUAGAUUUAGUUUUCCAUUUCAAUAUAUGUAAAUAAAACAUUACUGUCAAUUUUAAGGAAACUUUACAAUUGUGCAAAGGACAAAUUUUCUGACCUAUUCUAGGGUUCUAAAAACCAUAUUCCAUGCAAUAAGAUUUAAUUGAGGUAUUCCAUAAACAUAGUUAUAAAGUUCAGAGGUUUUAGCAAUGAAGUUCUCAUCUAAGUAUUUACUUUCUAAAAACAACUGAGAUGUUCAUUUUCUUUUAUCAGUACUCACAUUUACUGGGGGAAAUUAUUUUGACAUGAUGUGAUAAAAUGUGAAAAAUCAAUGUGUCUCAGGCUCUAGUUUUUUAUAAAAAGAAAAAAAAAAUUAAAUGUUCAAAACAGAAAGUUUGUUUUCUCGUUGGUGUUCAGGGCCAAGCUAGUACUUCACUGAUUUCCUCAAUCAGCCAGUUAUUGGACUCUCAAGGAGUAUCACCACUUAACUUCAAGCAUAUCUGAAAAAAUCAUUCUCCUCUAACUGAAGCAAUCGCUGGUUACUUACAGGCACAAACAGGAUGCACGGAUGAAAACAGAUAAAGGAUAAAGAGAGCAGCAGCAGUUUCAUUUAAUACCUUUUAAGAUGCAUGACUGCCAAACCACAACAUAUGGGAAGUUUAUUUCCUGACAUCAAGUGUACACAUGCCGAUACUUCAUCAUUUUAUGGCACCUACUUUGUUCUCUGAGUGCCAAGUUUACAAACUGCCUGCAGUUUUUAAUUUGGUGGGUGACAAAUAUCCUGUUCCACUGAUUAAAAACUUUUGGGGAGGGAUGGGGGGAAAAUUACAAAUGUUUGAUGAAACACUUGACUCUAGGAUGAACAAUGUAUACAAUGCACUUUUACCAAGUUUUUAAUAAAAAGGGUAAACUAAAAACCUUCA